AUGGUGUCCGGCCUAGUCAUUGGCGUGGUGUCUUCCAUAUUUCUGUGCGCUGUGAUACUGCUGGUGCUGGUCGGUAACACGCUUGUGGUGCUUGCUGUGGCCACUACACGCAAGUUGAGAACCGUCACCAAUGUGUUCAUAGUCAACCUGGCUUGCGCUGACUUACUGCUGGGCGUGCUUAUUUUGCCUUUCUCUGCUGUACUGGAGAUCAAAGACGUCUGGAUCUUUGGGCAGAUAUGGUGUCAGGCAUGGCUUGCUGUAGACGUAUGGCUGUGUACAGCAUCAAUCCUCAAUCUCUGCUGCAUCAGUUUCGAUCGGUAUGUUGCAAUCACGUGGCCCAUUCGUUACCCCGGCCUUAUGUCUUCUCGCAGGGCAAAGACUCUUGUAGCUGGUGUCUGGCUCUUUUCAUUCAUAAUUGGAUGUCCACCUCUAAUUGGCUGGAAUGACUAUCGAGUCAAAAAUGUCGACUCUAAUUGGACAACUCCUCAGCCAGUUGUCACUACCAUCGGCUACAUUGUGACAAAUAGCAGUCACUUAAUAUGUGACAGUGACGUGUUUGUUUCUGACAGUCUCCAACAAAAUAGUUCUUGCACCGCUCACACCGGUGUAGUUUCAGCCAAAAUCUGUGAACUAACAAGCUCCAGAGGAUAUCGCAUUUAUGCAGCUUUGGGUUCAUUCUUCAUUCCGAUGUUGGUGAUGGUGUUUUUUUAUUUACAGAUUUACCGAGCUGCUGUAAGAACUAUAUCUGCCUACGCGAAGGGUGAGUUGAAGACUAAAUAUUCCGUCAGGGAGAAAGAAAAUGGAAUGAAAACUAGCUCUGUAACUUUACGCGUUCAUAGAGGUGGGCGAGGGUAUAACGCUAAUAACAGCAGCUGGGGUAACGCCCAAGGAAAUGUUCAUUGUAUCUCUAGUGGCAAUACAACCUGCAAGCAAGGGACUGCAAACAAGGGAAGGGCGGAACGACCUUUUGAAGACGUUGGUCGAUUGCCUAUGAGACGAACCAGAAGCAGCGAUGCUAGUCUGGAAACUCUUUUAGAUCUCAACCCGGAUACGGAAAUUGCUGAUCCUGCUACUGCGCAUGGCACAGUGCAAAGACGUUGCAAGUCUUUCUGCUGGAGAUCCGAAAAUAAAUGCGUCGAAUGUCAAAAACAGCGUUCUUUUCGAGAUCGAAAUCAAAAUGGGGGAGACUCGAGUUCAAAAGUAUUCGGAAUUCGGUGCAUGUCUAUGGAUUCAGAGGAAAGUUCUUCUGGGGAUGCAAAACCUGAAGCGAAACGAAGCUACCAUCAGAGAACAUCCUCCGAAACUUCCACCCCUCUUACUACAUCAGCAUCAUGUCAUGCAUUUGAUACAGGUAUUGUUUAUAUCAGAGGAACGUCAGAGUCAGACAAGCCAAGAAGGCCUCGUUUCUCCGCUCAGAAGUCAGCUAACGCCAUGAAACUUCACAUGCAAAAAUUUAAUCGUGAAAAGAAAGCUGCCAAGACGUUAGCCAUUAUCGUGGGCGCUUUCAUUUUGUGUUGGAUGCCCUUCUUCACAACCUACCUCGUAGAUGCUUUCUGUGAUAACUGUAUAUCGUCGGCAGUAUUUUCUGUGGUUUUUUGGUUAGGGUAUUGCAAUUCUGCCAUGAACCCGUUUGUGUACGCCUUGUUUUCACAGGAUUUCCGAUUCGCGUUUAGAAAACUGCUUACUUGCAAAUGUACAAAGUCGUAUAGAAACCGACACUGUCUGCCUCAUAUUAACGAUGUUCCAACUAUUCAGCUGCACUGUGCACCCCAAGACGACGCCAGAAGCUGUUCGGAUAUUGAAGGACAAUGGAGAUGA